AUGGAACGGACUGCUCUUCUUGACACGAGCACUCGAAAAGGGUAUAACUCGAUCGAAAUGAAAAAAGAAGAGCCGAAAGCAAAGGCUGCUUUCAAUCAAUCGAAACUGAAUGUCGGCGACGAUAAAUGCGAUGUGUUCGCUUACAAGGAGACUCUGGGAAGAAAGGUGUGUUUUUUGAAAGUUUUUUUUCUAAUUUUUUCACUUUCUUCUCUUUUUUUGCAGAUCCUCUUCUGGAUCCUAACAAUCGUCACUCUUGGAUUCUAUAGACUGUUCGCAUACUGGUCUAAAAACCUAUACGUCAAAGUCAGAUUCAUGGAAAGUAGCAAUGAUGAAGCUGAAUAUCUGGUCAUUGAAGAUCCCCAUGGUAUUCAAGUCAUCAAAAAAAUUUGUUUCACCACAAGUGUAAUGGAGCACGGUCCUCUCAGACGCCCAACGAAAAAAGGAGUAAUGGAAGAAGUUCCCGAUAUCAGAUUCUUCACAUAUAGAAAGAUCAAGUACAUUUGGUACGGUUCCGAAGGUGAAUGGUUGAACCCUGCCGAACUUGAUAGCAAUGUGAGUUUAUUUGAUUUUAUUUUGAAAAUACAAUUUCUUUUCCAGGCUCCUUUCUUUCUCUUCAAAGCUCUCGCUGCGGAUCUCCGAGGACUGUCAAGUCAAGAAAUAAUUAGCAGAAGGCAAAUCUAUAACAGUAAUGCCCUCCAACUUCAACUUACCCCUCUCGGUGUCAUUUUGUUCAAGGAAGUGCUGGGACCAUUUUACCUCUUCCAAGUUUUCUCAGUCACCUUGUGGUAUUCUGACAACUAUGCCUACUACGCAUCGGUUAUUGUGGUCAUUACUGUCAUCAGUGCUGGAAUAUCAGUUUGGUCCACUAGACAGCAGGAAAAAAGAAUAAGAGAAAUGAUUGGAGGCUCAGUCAUGGUGACGCUCCGAAGAGACGGACGUGACGUCCAAGUUGACGCUUCUGAGAUUGUCCCCAACGACAUCAUCAUUCUCCCAUCCACCACUUUCAUUCUCCCCUGUGACUGUCUCUUGAUGAAUGGAACCGUCAUUGUCAACGAGGCCAUGCUCACCGGAGAGUCUGUGCCAGUCACCAAGGUCUCUUUGAACGAAGCUGAUGAGUGUGGUCCAGAAAUUCGUCUAUCUUCCGAGCACAAUCGUCAUACUCUUUUCUCUGGUACCACCAUCCUUCAAACCAGAAAUUAUAAAGGACAACCAGUGAUGGCCAGAGUUCUUCGUACUGGAUUCUCAACGCUCAAAGGACAACUCGUCAGAUCUAUCAUGUAUCCAAAGCCAGUUGACAAGAAUACUCUGAGAGACACCUUCAUCUUCAUUUCGGUACUUGGAACUAUUGCUGGAGCUGGAUUCAUCUACACCAUCAUUCAAAUGAUUAUUCGUGAAGAGACACUAGCUCACAUUAUCAUUCGGUCGUUGGAUAUCAUCACGAUCGUAGUGCCUCCUGCUCUUCCAGCAGCAAUGUCUGUGGGUGUCAUCAAUGCGAAUCAAAGACUGCGGGAAAAAAAGAUUUUCUGUACUUCUCCAUCGAUUAUCAACAUCUGUGGUCAGAUCAACGUGUGCUGCUUUGAUAAAACAGGAACACUCACGGAAGACGGACUGGAUUUCAACUGCUUGAAAGCAGUUCGUAAAAACAGAGAAGGCAAACCAGAAUUUACCAUGGAGUUCCACGAUCUGGACCCAGCCAAGCUCAACGAACAAAAUGCCAAUUUGGAUAUCGUGACCGCCGCUGCAAGUUGCCACUCCCUGACCAGAAUCGACGGACAGCUUCAUGGAGAUCCUCUAGAGCUCAUUUUGGUCGAGAAGAGUGGAUGGAGCAUUGAAGAAGGAGUCAACUCAGAUGAAGAAGGAAUCGACUUUGACAAUGUACAGCCUACGAUCAUCCGCCCACCAGCAGAGCAAUCCCAGUUCCACCCGGAAAACAACGAGUACUCUGUCAUCAAACAGCAUCCAUUCAACUCUGCCCUCCAAAGAAUGUCGGUCAUUGUCUCAAUGCCAUCAGAGCACAGCGCACAUGAGAUGAUUGUUUUCACCAAAGGAUCACCCGAAAUGGUUGCGUCGCUUUGUAUUCCAGAAACUUUGCCAGACGAUUAUAUGGAUAUUGUGGACGAAUACGCGCAGAGAGGAUUCCGCUUGAUUGCUGUAGCUUCAAGAGCUGUCAAGAUGAAUUUUGCCAAGGCUCUCAAGACGCCAAGAGUUCAGAUGGAAGCUGAACUGGAGUUUCUCGGACUCAUUGUUAUGGAGAACAGGCUGAAAGAUGUGACUCUUGGAGUCAUCAACGAGCUCUCCGUGGCUAAUCUUCGAUGCGUUAUGGUCACCGGAGACAACUUGCUGACCGCUAUGAGUGUCGCCCGAGAAUGUGGAAUCAUCAGACCAACCAAAAAGGCUUUCUUGAUAACUCACUCAAAGACUGAGAAAGAUGCUCUUGGAAGACCGAAGUUGUUCUUGAACGAGAGUGUGUCCAGCUCUGCCAGUGAUAUUGAAACGGACUCAGAAGUCAGAGCGUUCGAUAAGAAGGUGCUCGGACAAGCUAUGUAUCAAAUGGCCAUCGCCGGACCAACUUACGCCAUCAUCCACCACGAUUAUCCAGAAUUGUUGGAUCAGGUUACCGCCAUUUGUGACGUUUAUGCACGAAUGGCUCCUGAUCAGAAAGCUCAGCUCAUUGGUGCUCUUCAAUCGAUCAACAUGAAGGUCAUGAUGUGCGGAGACGGAGCCAAUGACUGCGCUGCUUUGAAAGCUGCGGAUGCCGGAAUCUCGCUCUCUCAAGCCGAAGCAUCGAUCGCUGCUCCAUUCACCUCUAACGUCGCCGAUAUUCGUUGUGUGCCCACGGUCAUCAAGGAGGGGCGUGGAGCUCUGGUAACGGCUUAUGCAACAAUCAAAUAUAUGGCUGCUUAUUCGUUGAACGAGUUUUUGACCGUCAUGUUUUUGUACAACGAUGGAACAAACAUUUCCGAUGGACAGUUCCUCUGGAUUGAUUUUGUGCUGAUCACUCUCGUUGCUUUAUUCCUUGGAAACACUCGAGCCGCAACAAAAUUGAGUCCAACAGCUCCACCAAACAGAUUAGCCACCUCGUCAUUCUACUUCAGUGUUUUCGGACAGCUCGUUAUCAAUAUCCUCUCUCAAGCUCUUCCCUAUCUCCUCGUUCGAUCUCGAUCCUGGUAUAUUCCAAAUCCAGAAGCCUUAGACAACACAACCACGAUGAUUGGCACGGCAAUGUUCUACACUACAUGUAUGACUUAUUUAGGCUUUGCUUUUGUAUACUCCAAAGGAUUCCCAUACCGUCGUGCAGUCUUCACAAAUUUGCCUCUCUGUCUGAUCAUCUUCGUAAUAUCCGCGCUCAACUGUGUUAUGAUCUUCACUAACAUCAAGUUCAUUAACGACAUGAUGGGGUUCGUUCCCAUCCCAAGUUAUGGAAUGAGAGUAGUUCUACUGGUCUUCGCGCUAGUGGCAUUCUUCAUGUCAGUAUUAUAUGAACACAUUUUUGUUGAUCGGUUCAUCGCAGUCCAUUUCGAAAACUGGCUCCGUCAAAGACGUCUUCGCAGAGGCGACUCCUCCAUUCCCGCAUAUGAAAGGAUCGUGGCCAAGAUUGGAGGUGGUCCCUCUUGGUUCGAAAAAGAAAUCAAUAUUUCAAAAAACAUGAACGUCCGAAAGGAGACUGUUGAAAGUCAACUCUAA